UAUGGGUAGCAACUGAAAUCUGCAGGAACAGGGUUGGCAGUAGUCCUCUAAGGUUUUCAUAAUCUCUUUCACAGAACAAAGGCUCUGUAAUCAGUACAUGGUUAGUAUUAUAUUUAAUCUUACAUUAUUAGUAGGCUUUUAAAAACACACAAUAAAAAUGUUCCAGUAGCUUAUAGAAAAAUACAUCUAAUGUAUAAAUUGCACAAAAUCACUUAAAUUAGUUACUUUAAUGUUACAUUCAUUCAUCUUAGCCAGAGACCGGAAAGAAAAGAUACAGAAUAGCCUUCUGACCCUCUUUACAUUUGCAUCUUAUAUAUUUAUCCAUACUUUAGGGCUGUGCUUACUUUAUCAAAAAAAAACAUUGUUUCUUGUAAUAUUCUUGUGUUUUAGGUUACGAUAGAAUGAACAAAUGUAGAGCUGUCAUUUUUAGUGCUGUUGGGGCAUCAGCAAUGUGUCACAUCUCUAUGAGGUUUAAUAAACAGGAAGAUCUUCAAGAAACUUCUGCUUUUUUCGUUGACUGCACUUCUCAAGCUCCGGCGAUGUCUGUGUGCCAGAUCACAUUUAUAAUCAUCAUCAGCUCUGUGUUUCUACACACUCACUCAGAUGAUGAUCCACUCUGUCACCGUGUCAAAGAUUCACCACAACAACCUGAACUUAAACCCAAGAAACCACGUGUGAUGGAGGAAAAUACAGUCAGUCUGAACUGCUCUGCUGAAGCCCCCUGCCUAAAACAAUCUCCUACAAUAACCUGGUCUAACAUCCCUAAAUCUGCCAACAUUACCACACACUUACUGGAAAAAUCUAAUAAAAUCCAGUCAGUGAUUUCACAUGUGACCUUCAAAGCUUCAUACAGAGAUCACAACAGGAACAUCACCUGCAUUGUUACUUAUACAAGAAAUACUUUUGAUAACUCAACUGUGGAGACCAACGUGACGCUACACGUCAUGUUUCCUCCAAAAGAAACUCACAUCACCAUCAGUCCAUCAGCUUCACUCUCUGUUGGCACUAAUGUGACUUUGACCUGCAGAGGCAAAGGCAGUCAAUCAAAAAAUAUGACCUACACCUUUUACAAACGUGGAGAGAACAGACCUGUUUAUCAGAGAAAACACUUUACUUUCAUUCUUACUCAGAAUAAUACAGGGUGGUAUUCCUGCACCAUACAGAAUAAACAUGGCAAUCAGUCAUCAGAAGAGAUCCAGCUCACAGUUGGAGGAUCUAUACCUAUGAUUAUAGCUUGUGUUGGAGGAAUUGUAGCAGUGCUGAUGCUCUCUGCUAUUUGUCUUUAUACCAGGAUCAUGAAAAGGACAAACAGGGAAGAUGGUGCUGUAGAAAACGAUUCCUUUAAUCAGGCUCAAAAUGGUACUGUUGACUGCACAUAUGCUGAAGUUCUCACUGUGACCAAGCAGGACAAUACAAUCUCUGAUGUUCAAAGUUUUAGUAAGAAUGACCACAACACAGAGGAAGAUUCAGCAGAAGAUAACCAGGAAAAGGGUUCAGAUGUAGUGUAUACGCAAGUGAAUGUGCUACUCAAAAACACACAACCCAUCAAUGUUCAAUGUGAGAGCAUUUAUGCUCAGGUGAAAAUAUAAAUAGUACUUUUAUAUGUACCCAAAGCUGUAACUGGGGUGGAGCUGUAACUCUUUCAAAAGGCACACAUUUGUACCUAAACAAGGUCAUAUUGAUACCUCAAAGAUAUUUAAUAGUACCUAAACCAGUGGUGUCCAAACUCAGUCCUGGAGGGCCAGUUUCCUGCAGAUUUUAGCUCCAACUUGCC